AUAUGGACUCCUAAUAUGAAAGAUAAGCUAAUUGAUGCUUACUUGAAUCAACAUGUUAUGGGAAACCGAGUUGAUGGGAAUUUUACAUCAACGGCUUAUAAUGAAAUAGUAGCCGAACUUUUGCAAAGCUUUCCCGAUAAGCCAUUUGAUAAGGAAAAAGUAAAGAAUCGCAUGAAAUAUAUGAAGUCAAAAUGGACAGUUUGUUAUGAUUUAUUUAAGAAUGUUGGAAGUGGUUUUGCUUGGAAUCGAAGCACGGGUUUGUGGAGUGCGGAACCUGAGGUUUGGGAUAGACUAAUCGAGGCUCACCCAGAAGCUGCUGAAUGGAGGACCAGGUCUAUCCGAAACUAUGAUAAACUAUUGGAGCUUUUUGUAGAUGAUAGAGCAAAUGGGGAACUUGUUGAAACUGCGGCUGAGAUACGAGAAAGGAGGAGGGCUUUUAGUGCAAGCAAUGGCUUUGAUUCUCAUACAAUUGACGACAUCGAUGGUAUGGUUUCUCGAAAUGAAAUUUUGUUAGAGAAUUUCGAUAGGAUUAAUGAUGAGGACACAAAUGACAACAAUGAUGAAAAUGUGAUUACCCCUGAAACCAAAUCAACUGCAAAUUCACAAAAGAAAACUAGAAAAUCGAAGGACGAAAUUUCUAUUGUUGAUCAGGAGGUGAUAAAGGGUAUGCAGAGGAUAGCUGAGGCAAUUGAAUCCACUGGUGAUAAAUACAUACAAGCUCUUGAACGUGCUCCAAUGAAAAGUAGUGAUGUUUGGAACCAUUUGCUUGAACUUGGUGUUGAGACUGCUCAAAUUAAACAAGCGUAUCUUUUCCUAACUAAGCAUCCAGAGGAUCUAAAAGCUUUGCUUGGAUGUCCAUUUGAAGAGCGCAAGGAACUUCUUAUGAUGAUGUUAUCUUGAGAAUCCAUGUUAGCCCGAUCACGUUAUUAGCUUAUUAUGUACUCAUCUUAUGAAGGUGGGAUGUGCUGGUAUUAUUGACAUUUAUUUUUGUAAGUUGUAUUGCCAAAUUUGAUUAUCUGUGGCAAUUACAAACUUGUUUGUUUUUGCGUUGC